UCCGUUUUGUUUAGAUAUGGCAGACGAUGAACAUCCGUUCUAAAAAAUUAUUUUUUAGAGUUUGAUUUUCCACAAAACUUUUGGUAUUUUGAUAUUGAUUUACUUUAAAUGCUAAACAAGUAAUGAUAAUCUCUAUAUAGAUGAGGAACGGAGAUAAUAUACAGAGUGGAAACACCAAGAAGUUCUUGUACUCCGGACCUAAGAAGGAAGAAGCUGGAGAAGAACAAUGGAUAUUUUCCCCACGCAAAGAGACAACCCCUGUUUCUGGUUCAAAGUUUGACAUGGAUGAUGUUUGGAGCAUAAAGAAGAAUGUGUCGGCCAGUGGUGGACUCCUAAACCCAACAGAUGGACUCAAUCUGAAGGCCAACUCUUCAUACUACUCCAGAUAUGGGGGAAUGAAAGAUAAGAAUGACUCCAGAUUUGGAUCGCCAAACUCCAACAUAAGCAGUAAUGCUCACGGUAGUACCGCCACCUGGAAUUCCAACUACACAUCAAAGGGCUUCAGCUACGGUCGGAGUAGUAAGGACCCCACCCCACAGGCCACACCCCGCACGGGGCGGAAUAAUAACCCCACCUCAAGCAACGACUCCUCCCUCUGGUGACACAAGUAAAAACAGGGGGAGACAACUCCUAUCACUUAUCUUGGGAACAGUGCUAAAAAAUCAUUGCUAUUAAAAUUGAUUCAUAUCUAGUCUCAUGUAAAAGAUAGAUUGUUUUAGCACACUUUUGGAGUCUUUUGAUUGAACAACUGAGCAUGCCAAUUUAUUUUUAAGAAAUCUCAUGUUUACUGAAAUCGUUGUUUUAAAGAUGGAUAUUGUGGAAUGUAUUUAUUACAGUGAACAUUGAUGUGUCUAAAUGGUUGUAUAAUUACACACACACACACCUUCUACAUCACACACUUAUGCAAGUGUAUAUAUAUUUACCGCAGAAAAUAAUUUUGCUUUUAUUUCAGAAAAAAUUAAGAUUUUCUAUAUCGUUAUAUGCUUGUAUAGGAGAGUAAAUAAUUAAAUAUUUAAUAAUUAAAUAUUUUUUAUAAACUUAACAAUUUUCAUUUAAAUCAGAUGAGCUUAAUAGAGAUACAUUUGCUAACUAUAAUGUUUUAAGUUUGAUUGGUAUGUAGAGAUUAUUAAAGCUUAAAUUAGUAGGGCAUUAUUGAUUUACAUGAUAAUAACAAAAAUAAAAGGUUUAUCAUAUUAUUAAACCAAUCAGAAAAUGAAACCAAUGGUUGUAAAGUAAAAUUGCAUCAUAAUUCUCAUUGAAAACACUUCUGGGGCAAUUUUAGAUACAACAAUAUUUUAGGUUAAGCAUUUAUAGAAGUUUGGUUAUAUGUUAUGCAUUUAAAAAAUCUGUUCUGAUACAGAUGUUUAAAAGGAGUUUGUUUUAUAAAAGUAGUAAGAGUCAUUUUGGUUUUAUAACAGUAUAAAGACAUUUUGUUCUUAUUUUAAAAUAUGCAUGUUUGAGACGACAAAUGGUUUAUUUCUUUUAUUGUGUGUAUGUACAUGUAUUCAUACCAUUACCCUCAUGUGCCUUUUUGUUGUUUAUAAAGGAUUAUAGUUUAUUAUUUUACACAGAAUAUAACAGCAGGGAUGUUUAAGAUACAGAUUGUUAAGACCACCGUGCCAAAUGCAGUUCUUAAAAUGUUUUAAGUUAGAAAAGUAAAGAUAAAUUUGAAACUAUUUUAUGCUCUCUCCAUCUACAUGUAUUUUUUUUUUUUUAUAAAAAGAAAUACUGUUCAUUAGAAUGACAAGGAAUUAUAACUUAGAUUAUACUUAUGUUAUAAUGAUUGUAAUCUUUAUAAUGAUUGUACAGUUAAACAUGCUUAUAGCGAACACGGUUAGAACCAAUUAAUGUUUACAGUGAAGUGAUUUUCAUUCCCCAUGGCUUUAAGAUAUAUUGGGAACUUAACAGACAUAUCAAAUUACGUUUAUAGUGAAGCAAAAUCAUUCAUCCCUUGCAGUUUGUUAUAAGCGGGUUUUAUUGUACAUUGUAGAAUUUUUGCUUCAUUGCUGAUAAUCCAGUGAUUGUCAUCAGACAUUGUAUCAGGUUAAGAAAUCACGAACUGGGAUACUUCAGAUUCAUCUGUAUGAUAGAUUACUAAUGCUAGCUCAGCAUGUUGUUAUACAGUGCAUCAUUUGCAGUCAGAAAAAUGAUGCAAAAAGUUUUUUUAUGGGUGAUUCAAUUCAUUUUAUGUGUUGUGUUAUGGUACAAAAAAAGGUUAAGACAUAGCUCUUCAGUUUCAAUUUCUUGAUCUGAAGCUCAUAUAAUUAAAAAAAAAGGUAAAAAUGCAUUUAUUGUUGAUCUGUUCAAUAUAAAUUGUUGACUGUGAUUUUGCUUGGUGCUUCUGUACUGAAGAAUUUUGUGUUAAAUUCACUUGUAAGGUGGUUUGACUUGUUAACAGUACAGAUAGUGCAGUUGAACAUAUUAGUUGUGCAAUAGAGGUGUUCAUUUGAAAACCUGAAGCGGAAAAGUGGAGCAUAGGGAAAUUAUCGUAAAUGAAACUCUGUUGGUUGGUUUUGUUGAAAAGCUCCUUGCAAAUACUUUACAAUUUUAGCCUGUUUCCUCAUUAUAUCUGGACUUU